AUGUGCAGGCACGCCGGCGCAACCGAGGGCUCGAGCUCGCUCAACGUGAACGGCAGAGAGCUCCUCCCCACCAAUGUCGUCCCGAGGCACUAUGACCUGACCCUGGAGCCCAACUUUACCAAUUUCACCUUUGAUGGUACUGUCGUGGUGGACCUUGAUGUGGCCGAGGACUCAAAGUCCAUCUCGCUGCACACACUCGAGCUCGACAUCCACUCCGUCAAGAUCUCCUCGGACGGCAAGGUUAUUAGUUCUUCACCCAAAGUUUCGUACGACGAGAAGACCCAAGUCUCCAAGAUCGACUUCUCCGAUGCUAUACUCAAGGGCAGCAAGGCCCAGGUGGAAAUCAAGUUCACCGGCCAGCUCAAUGACAAGAUGGCAGGCUUCUACCGCUCAACAUACAAGAAGGCCGAUGGUACUGAAGGCGUUCUGGCAACAUCCCAGAUGGAGCCCACUGACGCACGGAGGUCGUUCCCCUGCUUCGACGAGCCGUCACUCAAGGCAGAAUUCACCGUGACCCUGGUCGCCGACAAGAACCUGACUUGCUUGAGCAACAUGGAUGUUGCAUCGGAGACUGAGGUCCAGUCUGGCAAGAAGGCUGUCAAGUUCAACAAGUCCCCUCUCAUGUCGACGUAUCUAAUCGCAUUCAUUGUUGGUGAGCUCAACUACAUCGAAACUAAUGACUUCCGUGUUCCUGUUCGUGUCUACGCACCUCCAGGUCAGGACAUCGAGCACGGGCGUUUCUCUCUCAACUUGGCGGCCAAGACAUUGGCAUUCUAUGAAAAGGUCUUCGGCAUCGAGUUUCCGUUGCCAAAGAUGGACCAGGUCGCAAUCCCGGACUUUGCGCAGGGAGCCAUGGAGAACUGGGGUCUGGUCACCUACCGCGUUGUCGACCUUCUCCUCGACGAGAAGGCCAGUGGUGCCGCUACGAAGGAGCGAGUCGCCGAGGUCGUGCAGCACGAGCUUGCGCACCAAUGGUUUGGUAACCUUGUCACAAUGGAUUGGUGGGAGGGCCUCUGGCUCAACGAGGGUUUCGCUACCUGGGCAUCUUGGUACAGCUGUAACGAGUUCUACCCAGAGUGGAAUGUGUGGCAAACUUUCGUCACAGACACCCUCCAGGGCGGCCUGUCUCUGGACUCUCUCCGAAGCAGUCACCCUAUAGAGGUCCCUGUUAAGCGGGCUGACGAGAUCAACCAGAUCUUCGAUGCAAUUUCUUAUAUGAAGGGCUCCUGUGUCCUUCGCAUGGUCUCUACUUAUCUCGGUGAGGAUGUUUUUCUCGAGGGUGUAAGGAAAUAUCUCAAGAAACAUGCCUACGGCAACACACAGACUGGUGAUCUUUGGGCUUCUCUCGCUGAGGCCAGCGGUAAAGAAGUUGAGGAAGUCAUGGAUACCUGGACGAAGAAGAUCGGGUUUCCAGUUGUGACUGUCUCCGAAAGCGGCCCAGAUAAGAUUCACGUCAAGCAGAACCGUUUCUUGCGGACUGGUGAUGUGAAGCCCGAGGAAGAUGAGACACUAUAUCCCGUUCUCCUUGGUCUUCGGACCGAGGAUGGCGUCAACAGGGGUCUGAUUCUUAAUCAGCGCGAAGCAGACUUUUACGUCCCAAAUACGGACUUCUACAAGCUGAAUGCUGAUCACACCAACCCCUACCGAACCUCCUACUCCCCUGAGCGUCUUGCAAAAUUGGGAGAUGCAGCCAAGAAGGGCCUCGUGAGUGUCGAGGAUCGGGCAGGCAUGAUCGCCGACGCGGGAGCGCUUGCACAGUCAGGCUACCAGAAGACUUCUGGUGUUCUGAGCUUGCUCAACGGCUUUGACACCGAGACGGAAUUCGUCGUUUGGGGCGAGAUCGUGGCCCGUUUGAGCGCUGUGCAGGCUGCUUGGAUUUUUGAGGAUGAAAGUGUGAGAGAGGGAUUGGAGAACUUCCAGCGGUCCCUUGUGAGCUCUAAGGCUCACGCGAAGGGCUGGACUUUCUCCGAAAAUGAUGGACAUGUCGAUCAGCAGUUCAAGGCCUUGCUGUUUGGAAGUGCUGGCUUGUCUGGAGACGAAAAGAUCAUCAGUGCCGCCAAGGACAUGUUUGGCAAGUACAUGGCUGGUGACAAGAGUGCCAUCCACCCAAACAUUCGUGGCAGCGUUUUCGCCAUGGCUCUGAAGUACGGUGGCAAAGAUGAGUACGAUAAAAUUAUCGACUUCUAUCGCAAGUCCACCAACAGUGACGAGCGCAAUACGGCGCUGCGCUCCCUCGGACGCGCCAAGCAGCCGGAACUCAUCCAAAGAACCCUGGACCUCCUCUUUAGCGGUGAGAUCAAGGACCAGGACAUCUAUCUCCCCACCAGCGGGCUGCGCAGCCAUCCCGAGGGUAUUAACGCACUCUUCAAAUGGAUGAAUGAUAACUGGGACGAGCUCUACAAGCGCCUGCCUCCUGCGCUCUCCAUGCUGGGCUCUAUGGUCCAGAUCAUGACCUCCAGCUUCACAAAGCCGGAGCAGCUGGCCGAGGUUGAAAAGUUUUUCAAAGACAAGAACACCAAUGGAUACGAUCAGUCUCUGGCCCAGAGUCUAGAUGGUGUAAGGUCCAAGAUCCAAUGGCUGGAGAGGGACCGCUCCGAUGUGGCAACCUGGCUGGCUCAGAAUGGAUGGGGUGCCUAG